AUGGCGGAGAAUGAAGCCAAUGGGUUGUCGUGUUACGUGCACUGCCUACGCAAUGUUUCCGGCAGACACCACACGAGCAACGUGACCACGGCGGAGCAACUGACACAGAUGGCAGAGAGGUUUGGAGCCACGAAGUUCGACGAGCUCGGCACAUCAGACGAGAGUUCCGAGGCGCCGCUCCCCAGUCGGAAAGUCAAGCGGCUGGCUUCUGCUGAAGACGAAUCAGAUUCGGAUGUUUACCAAGGCGUUAUGGGUCGGCCAGGUGUGGACUUCCCAAUAUUGCCUCGAAUACCUAGGACAACGUUCAACUGCCGCAGCGUCCCAGGCCCCGGAUACUACGCCGAUAUGGACACCGACUGCCAGGUGUUCCACAUAUGCGACGGCGGCCGCAAGAUCUCGUUCUUGUGCCCGAACGGGACCAUCUUCCGGCAAUCGCACCUCAUCUGCGACUGGUGGUGGACAGUGGACUGCGGUAGCUCCAGGGAACACUACGAGUCCAGCGCCGAGACGACGUCUGCCGAGCGCAGCCGCUACGUCGAGUCGGACUCCUCGUACAGCGAGCAGUCGCCGCCUGCAAGCCGCAACGACAGGUUGCAGCCACAGCAGGCACCCCGACCACAGCCAGACAUUCCUCAGAGGCAGCCAACUCGCCCGAGGCAACGUGACUCUUUCGAGAACCCUCAGCAGAACGAGCAACUGUAUUAUUCUGAACAGCGGCGGCAGAACGGACAGACUCAGCGCAGGCAACAACAACAACGGGGAAGCAGUGAGUCCGUUCGGAACAUAGCACCGAGCUCUCCUGUGCCGAUCGUAUCAGAAAUUCGUGACGCCGACCAAAGGCGAAGAGAUCAGAACUCGUUCUCCAAGCAAACAGAAGUGGAGAAACAAUCUAAAUCGUAUCGCUCAACUACGUACACUCCACCAAACGCUCUGCGGGAGGGCAGGAAUACUUACAACAAUUUCGCUCUUAACACGACUUCAGUUAGUGACAGGGAGAGACAACAGCCCGCAGAAACCGCUUCCUUCGUCAACAGCAGAAGGAACAAUGGCUCUCGGCAGUACGAGGUCAUCCAGAGGAACAACGUACUUUCCAACGUUGGCAUGAAGGAUCGACCAACUCCUUCUGAUCAGCCAGGCAGCAGCACAGGCGAAGGGCCACGUCUACAGACGUCGACAGCAACCAGUGUGCAGCGGAAUGCUUUCGCUUAUUCGAGGAAAGUGCAACCGUCGGUUUCUGAAAGGAGGGGUGGAAGGCUUCAAAGCGUUCGAUGGUCCAACGGCGAAUUUCAGACUAUUCCAACCACUGUCGAUCUCCCGCCUACGAGGCGACAGGGCCAGCGCAACUUCGAAGAUGGGCAUACAGAAAGCGGUGGGAUCUCGGUCACAGAGAGCUCAGUCCGUAAUAGCAAGUUAGGCACCAGUAAACAAUAUGUGGAGCUGGACAGGAGCAAAAUAUUCGACUCGAAGCCUGGAAACGUACCGCAGUCUCCGACAGAGCGAACGGUCACACCGAUAGUCGUCCGGAUCGCCAAUCCCAGUACAGCUACGUGGCAGUUCGCCACUGUGGCGCCGGAAGACUUACCUAUAACUGAUAUAUACCGGCCGACCGGUACUCCAUUUACUCUUGAAGACGAGCGUGGCGGGAGGAACUUCUACACCACACCGAGAACUGAGAUCGCUGAAGAUUACGUGACCAUAAACAGAAGGACGGGAUUUGCACGAAAAACUAACUUGCUCCUCUCCGGCACAGUGAGUGUUACGAAGCCUGCAGAAAUUAAUGUCGCCGCUGAAGACGUCACUGAGCCAAUAACAGAAGUUCCGAUCACCGAUGUUAACCCACCGAAAGAAUUGUGGUUCACUCACGAGGAUUUCGCAUUUAUGAGCACCAAAGCCUCGGAUGAUUUUGACAGUACUCAUAUAACACCGCAACCAGGUACUGUAAGUACUCCCACACCUACGGAAGCAUCCUUUGACGAUGAAAAACUAGUAGAAAGAAGUGAAACAGGACAUACAGCGGCAGUUUUUGUAAGUUCAAACAAUGACCAGUCUGUUCCAACGAUAAUCAACUGUUCUGGUCUGCCACAUGACGGGGGAACUGACCCAACUGGCGUUACAUUGAGUGAAGAUUCAGGCAGAGAAAUUAAUAGGCCAACUGCCCCUCAAGCGACUGGCAGGUAUGCCUUUGAUGAUUACAGUACUUCUGAACAUACGACAGUAGGAACAGAAUUAUAUGAGCCUAAACAGACUACUGAGAGAACCUUCAGGACAGAAACAAUUAGCCAUAUGACAGCUAGCAGCUCAGAUUUGUCGCUUUCAAUCACUGAAAAUAAAAAAUUCUUCUAUGAAAAAGAGUUAACAACCGACUCCUCCUUCGACAAAGAAGUAUCACCCUCACUGUGGAACGAAAGGCGAACAUUAUCUUCUGUUGCUAAAACUUUAGAUUCAAGUCACGCAGAAGAGCCUCCUCUGAGCAGCCAGUCGUUCGAGACUGAUUACAUGUCGUCUGAAAAAUCGUACAGUUCGGAUGGAAAAUUUUCAGAUGCCGAAGAUAUAGAAUCAAAAACAACUUCUUUACCAGGUGCUCAGAGGGCUGUUUCGAGAGGAAUAUUAGCACCACUUCCCCUAUCUGAUGUUACAGGCAAGGAAUAUCAGCCUCAAAGAUAUGACGUGCAGUAUGAUGUAACAACUGCUCCCAGCAAUAAAGAAGAAAUUUUCGAUUCGUCAGAAUCCUCUCAUGCUAGAGUGACUGAGCUGUUCACACUAGUGCGGGCAGCUACUGUUAGUACAGCGGAAGAAAGCCGAGAAACAAAAUACGAUGUUCCUGUAACGCCUGCAUACGAAGCAGAUGCCACCGAGUCUCCCACAUUGCGUCCUCCUGACACUUACGACAUAAAUGCCGCUACUGAGAAUGCCAGUAGAGCGGAUACACCAUUUCUGACAGCUACAAAUCCACCUGCUAUGCAAUCUGUCCUUCCAGUUGAACCACUGAUAAAUUCUGAAGUGCUAGGAGCCUCCGCUGCCGACACAUCCAGAUACGAGAGCAGGGACGUGAAAGAAAUUUCGCAUUCUUCAACAGCAAAAGAUGCACCGCAGGAAACUACUGAUAAAUCAACUAACUCUUCCACAGCCGCAGAAAGUGUUACAUCAUUUAGAAGAAAAAUUUACCACAGCAAAUCCAGCAGUGCAGAUCCAGUUUCAACCACCAGCGCACCCUCCACUAGUCCCAGAUCUAACAGGUUGGUUUCCAGUAGAAAAUCCGUUAUAUUUGUCGAUGGUCCCAGGCGACGACUUACGACAACGACGACAACCCCCAGUGUGAUUCAGCGGGUGUUGUCGCUUAGGCAGAAGACUACACCACUGACAAUUCCGCUCAGGUCGGCAGCUGCAACAAAAUCCGUUACACCUAAAACCACGCAGACUUCAGAACAGUUAUCCAAAAGUCUGCUUCCACCUAAAGUGCAAGACCGGUCCGAAGUGAAAUCUCACAGGAGAGGGUCGCAAUUGGUCACGUCACGGACGGCUGUCGAAAGUCGGUUCAACAAAUCACGUUUAAACAUCCCUCCGUCAAACAGACCGGACACCCUGAAUUCAUUGGCUGUUUACUUUGGACUUCCCGAGACAGAAAUGGAGGAGUCUGACGUUUCAAACAGGAUCACAAAAAUGAUGAAUGAUCUAGUUAGCGAAUCAGUAAAUAAUGUGAACGCUUCUACGAAGGAGAUCCCAGUACAGCUCCCUCCCCUGCUAACUCAACUUACAAGAGACUCUUAUUCUGCUUUAUUCUCGUUGACAAGGAAAAUGGCUGAUAUGGAUGAAGUGCUUGGCUAUGAUGGGAAUAACAACAAUGUGAAUUAUACAGAAUACUUUCGUGAAGGUAAAGCAUUUUAUUUGAAUGAGACGCAACCUGGAAUAGAAAGUUUACUGGCCAAAAAUUUAAGUGUUUCAUUGGAGCCUGGCAAUGGUUUAGCCAAAGAGGAUGUACGUGGCUUGAGAGAGCUAGCUCAAAUAUUUAGCAGAGCUCUGACAGCAUACCUCAAAGAUCCAACAGAUUUUCGAAGAAUUCUGUCACAGGCUCGCCCAACAGAGCCGGCGAAUAACUCUUUCGAAGCUGAAAUGACAACGCCAUUAUACGAAACUACAACAAUUUCUUUAAUUGAUUCACUUAAACCCGCCGCUAAAGAUGAUGAUGAGGUACUUGACUUUUCUGAUGUUAACAAAGCGCCUACAUUAAGGCUGCUUAGUUCCACAGUCGCACCAUUGUUUGAUUCCUUGGCUCAUGCAGCAACAACGUCAAAACAGAGAGUAGCAGGUAGUGAAGACUCAAACUCGGCAACUGCCCCCAGUAAAAGUGAAUAUACUGCCACUGAGUCUGUGUCUUCCAGAACAGGACAGACAACUACAGUUUCUUCGGAAGUAGUGCACGAAAGUCUACGUGACGAGGAGACUAAUUAUAAUUUUCUCACAACCAGAGAUCCACUUGUGGAUCAACAAGCCACAGUUGUAGACAGCACCAAUGCAAUUGCGUAUGAAGUAAACAACUUGUUUGUCACAGAAACUUCUACCAGUGAGACUGUGAACGAUUAUACUCUGCCUCCAGGGUCCCAGAAAUAUACAGGACUUGCAUAUGGCCCCACAAACUAUACACCUACAGCCAGAGCACCCAGAAAUCAAACCAAAUCACGCUUUGGGGGAUUUCAAAACAAUAGCGUUCAGUUUCAAAAACCUAAUACGAGCGAUGAAUUAGUGUAUGAUCUGAUUGUAAAUGAAGAAAUUCCACCACUUUCAAGAGUACCUCCAACUUACAGCCUUGGUGGGAAGGAAGUAACAUACAUUUUAACAAAUAAUGAAAACAAAGAUGCUCUUCCUACAACUUCAACGGAUUUGGAGGCUCUUAAAAAUGAAGGAGCUUUCACGCUGACAACCAGAGCAUCAUUUGACGAAUUAAGCACGUUGCAAGAUAGUGUGAUUCCUGAAGAGGUAAAUAACUUAGCAGUUACAACAAGUAACACUGUAGAGAGACUUAAGGACGAAAACAGGCUUCUGCCCAAGGCAAGUGGUGGGUUUUCAACCACAGUUAUUGAUGUGAAUGCAUCAGGAACACCAUCAACUCUUGAAGCCAGCAACACAGUUUCAGUACUUCCAUCUGAAUUUAGCAACAAACUUGCAGAAAAGAGCAUAUCAGAGUCUGAUAAUGUGAAUGAAUUUGGCAAUGGUGAUGUAUUAAAAUCAAAACAUACUCAGGAAAAUACCAAAGGUAAUGGUGAAGAAUCUCUUAUUGUUUCAGGUACUUCAGGUUUUGGUACAUCAUUAAAACAACAAUCUACUUUCCAAAAGACAAGAGCAGGUAAACAGAAUGAAUUGGAAACAAAUUAUAAUAGUUCUCAAACUAAUGAUGAACUACAUGAUUUGAAUCAAGAUAAAAAUACCUAUCCAUUACAUACAGAUUCAUCAGUUUUGAAACCCAAUGAAAUGACUGAAUUACUCAUAGAUGAAAACAGUAUGACUAAACUGACUGCAAUGAAUAUUACACAUACUGCAUCACAUGAAAGGGAAAGUAUGGGAAAACAGUCACACACUGAAUCACCCAAAGCUCCUAAUGUGGUAUCUGACAAUAAAGAAGAACUUAGUUCACUACCACAGCUCCCUGAUACGGAAGUUACUCAGCAACAUACUCCAUCACAGAAAACAGCAACUCUGUCAUGGGAAGACUAUGAUGCUACAGUUAAGCAGAUGGAUGCAAUGAAUUUGAGGGGAACAAACAGUUCACCAACCACGCAGAGAAUGGAGAAUGAGAAAAUAUUGCCCUUAGCAGAUAACAACCAAAAACCUGUUUCACAUAGUCCCAUGACUAAGCCCAGUCCUGCAUUUAUUGGAGGUGUAGUAAGAAAUAUUGAAAUUGAUGGAACCAGCAGAAUGUCUGUCAACACCUUUACUUCAGCAGCUCCUCAGAAAAUGGAAACAAUUACUAAAAGAACACAGAAGUCCAGAUCAGACAAAGAAAUGACUACAAAGAGUCCAAAAGUUACUAUAUCUUCCAGAGGAUUUUCAUUUGCUACAACAGUUGAUGAAACGAGAGACAUUUUAGAGCAAGGCAGGGCUUCAUUGUUACAAUCCAGUAUGAGUUCCUCAUCAAGAAUAGACAUGAAUCCUGGUGAAUCAGGAUAUUUAACAACAGAAAGAAAAGUUCAAAAAUUGAAUUCUGAGUCAAGAACAAAAGAUAGAGAAACUGUCAGUUCUGAAUCACAAGAUAAUACACACGACUCUACACUUAAGGUGGUGAAGGAUAAUUUAUCCACCAAUUAUUUCACUGUCAUUACUGACAUUAAAUCUGCUACUCACCCAAGCCCAUUAACAAAUCCUGGGGAUCUAUCAGAGUGGGAAAGCACAGAUUCAAAAUCCAGUGGAGCCAUAGAUACCCAGAACCUAGAACCCAUUCUGCAAGAAAAAAAUUUUGAUGACUCUAGCUCUGUUACUAUGGAUCCAGCAGCUUUGCCUCUCAUCACAACUUUGGAAGCCUCUGCUCCCAUUAACCAGCUGCACAUGAAACAGAAUUCAGUAAAUAAUCGUCUAUCACGGACAGGUAAACAAUUAAAUGUGCUCACUCAUCAUAUUGGUGAGAUAUCUAGUCCAUUGGGUCAUGAUGGAAUGACCACUGAAUCAACUCCAGAUUCUGAAGUUACUACAGGAAUCCUUUCUGUAGAACAUAACACAGAUCAUUUUAUGUCUGACACACAACCUGUGACCAUAUUAGAAACUAAUAAAGAUUCCUCAUUAAUGGGACAAUUAAAUGACAAAAAUGACAUCUUGCCCAGUACACCUAUAACUAUUGCUUCAAGAAAUAAUAGAACUAUUACACGUAUGACACAUGAAGAGAAAGAAACACUGAAUCAUUUGCAAGAAAUCUUUUCAUUAGAUACAGCAACUGUUGCUAAAGCUGGGAAGUUAUUCAUGGAGCUUAAUGAGACAAGUAGACAUGCACUUACGGAGAUGAUGAAAGAAGCUGCAUCUAAUUCCUCCAUGAGGGACCUUGUAGUAGUAGUGGUUAAUAAGAGCUUGAGUUCCAUGGAUUUUUCACAUGUAAAGAAGCAUUCCAUCAAGAACCAAAGCAAUCUCCCAUGUGAUGAAAAUAUGGAGCCACAUAUGCAGCAGACAUCUACAGAGUAUACUGCACAAAAGAAUAUGGCAAAUGAAAGAAAGCACUUUAGAAGUGCCAAAGGAAGCCAAUCUCUUACAACUACUGAACCUCCUGUCACUACAUACCAUAGCAAAGACAGAAAGUACCGACGAUUUAAGUCAGUUCCAAUGCCAACCAUGAGUGUAUUUGAUUUGAUCACAUCAAAGAACCAUACUUCAUUUGAUGAAGUUCCUACUUCAAAGCCAGGUGUAGUAGAUCAUUCUCAGCUGUCUGCAUCAGUGAGUGAGCCAGAGGAAAAUGUCAGUUCAGAGGCAGAUACACGAGUUGUGGAAUUACUACGGUCCCUUUACUCACUGGCUGCAAAAUGGGGUUAAUGUAAAAUAAGACUUUAAAUGUGGUAAGCAGUCCCAAUGUGCAGACCUCGUCUUUGAAACACAGUAUGGCUGUACGCUUACUGAAGUGGAAGUAAGAUAUGCAGUGAAUAUUUUAUAGUGGUUUCUUUGAUCAUGACUGUACAUUAUUAUAAGUGAGGCACAAUUUUGUGUAACUAAUGACGUGUAUCAAGCAAACCAAGAUUCUAUGUUUUUGAUUAGGUUCAUUGUUCAUAUUUCUCCUUGUAUAGUUUUUCAACUGUAGGCAGCUGAGUGUCUUGAGCAGUCAUGCGUGUACAAACAUUGUGCUUCAAGUAAUACCGCUUACCUGCUCAUGAAGAACAGUGGAACCCAUUUAAUCAAGCAAGUGUUGUCUAAUACUUAGACUAACACUGAAACAUCAAUGAUAUGAAUACUUGUUUGCAAGAAUACCAGUGAACAAGGAACUUCAUUCGUAUAAGUGUAAGAGUAUGAUGUUUUGUGUGUGUGAUGUAAUUAAUGCCUUUAUUGUACGAAACUCUGGUCUUUAUGCUAUUGUAAAUGAGUGUAAAUUUGUUUAAGUACCACAGACAGCCACAAAGCCAAAAAAAAUCUACCAAUGUAUUGGUGCAAGCAUUUCCCAAACAUUGAACAAAUUGUGGUUUUUUGUUGAAAUGUGCUUCUAUUUUUCAGUAUUUACAAAGCAAUGUAAUUGACUUAAGUACUAACUUAGCAAACUGUGUUUUAUAUCUCAUUCAAUGAAUGGUAUGCCAUAUGCCAAUAUCACAAUAUGAGCUGGAAAGCAGCUACGAGGAAUUCUGGUAUAUUACGAAAAUAGUUAAAUAUGGUUAUUUGGAUAAUUGAAAUUUUCAGUUGUCAUGGUGUUCAAGCUGUGGAAAAUUUAAGGCAAAGUAUCUACAGCCUGUAAAAUUAAAUAUUGCACCACAGAGAAUUAUCCAAAGUGUCAUGUUACACAAUGGUGUAUUUCAUCAUUUUUCAUAAAAUAUGAAAAACUUAACGAAUUUUAGGAAACUAGUUACUUCCUAUAACUGUUUUACUUAUCUCAAAAUUCAAACUUUUUCCUCUGUUUACGUAGCCACUGAUUUUGACAAUAUUUUUAAUUUUUUAAUUUUUGCUAUGCAAAGAUUAUGAAGUUGUGUUGCACAACAGAAUCUUCAUCAAGAUUGCUGGUAAAUGUCUUUUCUCCCAAAUGCAUUUUAAAUGAGAGUUUUAACAUUCCAGAACUAUUUAUUAAUUACGAGCUCAGGCAACAUCAUUGACUGCAGCUGUGUACAUAAAGUGUGAAUUAAUUAAAAAAGGCUGUUGCCCAUACAACUUCAAGAGAUAACAGAUUAACAAAGGAAUAAAUCAUUACUUCCCUCUUUUAUUUUAGGUCAGAAAUGGUUGAGGAACAGGAGAUUUACAUUAAAUGUAUAGCUAAGGCUUUACAAUUUUCUACAAAAUUAAUUAAACUAACAGCAGGACUGUGUUUUCUAAAUUAAAUGUUGUUGCUGCAAAUAGUACAUAAACUGCAAGGGCAUCCUUUAUGUUAGUACAUGUACCUCCAUAGAUGAAAAAUAAUAUUUGUUUGGGACAAUUGUACAACAAAAAUUAAUUGUUUUGGAGUGUACCAAUAGUUAGUCUUCAUAGAUGAAAAUAAUAUUUCUAUGCAACAACUUUACAACAAAAAGCAAUUAUUUUGGAGUGUUCCAAUGGUCAGAAAAGACAGCUAGUUAUUUGUAUAAAUCUUAUCAAAAGUUUACUCAGUAAACUCUUCAUGGACAUUUUCCCCUCAUUACCUGCCCCAACCAACACCACACCCUUUACGUCCCUAAUGUCACAGUAAAAAGGUAUCCUAAAAAUGUUGACACAUUUUUCACUAUUGUUUGAACAUUCUUUUUUUCCAGUCAAAAACUUUAAUAUUUUACAAUAAUUCACUUACACAAGUUCACUAACAUUUUCAAAAUCUUUUAUUACAGUCAAUCCUGGUCAUGUAAUAGUAGAUAUUCCUGGAGACAUUUUCUUCCUCUGUUACUAGCAAAAUCCUUGCAUGCCUCUUCUAUUGUAUCCUAAAACAUCUCUGUAUACUCAGUAAUAAGCAGAACCUACUUAUUUAAUAAUAGGGUUUAGGAUACUUAAUAUGUUAGAUGACAGUUGCCAUGAAUUUUAGGAGUUCACACUUUCUUUUUAAACAACUGUUUGCAUUACACCACACAUUAUUUUUCUGUUAUAGUUUGCACUCUUAGAAGUUCUGAACAACAAAGAAUUCAUACUUUUCUCAUUGGUACCUUUGGCCAUCAGUUUCCCCCUCAGCCACAUAUAUAUUGUAGGUUUUUUCAUGUGUAGCAUACUCAUUGUAUUUAGCAUACGCAAUUUUCUCAGUGUAAUCAGCAUAGCAGUCUGUAUGGGAAUGAUAAAAGCUUUGCCUUUUAUUCAGCAUAAAAAUUUAGGAAUGUACCUUCACAGUUAUUCUCCAUGCUGUGCAUAAACUAAACAGUGGAACCUAUAAGGUAGUAGUUUAGUCAUUGUUACUACUUUCCACAGGCUUAUUCAUAUUUUGCUUCUUUCAGAUCAUUUUUACUUUAUAUUUAAUUACGUUGUAUUUCCUAUUUCCUUUUGAUCAAAGUUUAAUUUUCUGGCUGGCAGUUUGCUUCCUUUAAGAAGUGAGCAAAAUGAAUUUUAUGCUCAGUGGUCUUAUACUUUCAUCAUCAACAGAAUAUAAGACAUUAUCUUCAUUAAUUAUAAUGAACAGUUAUGUCAUAUUAUUUAUUUCACACAAAAGUAAGAAAUUUUACUUACUUGUGAGGACAUAGAACUUUAGAAAUACUUUUUUGAAAAUUUUGUUGUGUUCUACUACAUACAGUGCUUAUUCCAAGAAAAAGAAUUAUAUACAGUAGUUAACAACAGCUGAAAUGUAAGCCAUAGUUGAAAAAGAAACACUUCCUUGAAAUUGAUAGAGGGAAAUAGCUGCUUGAAUACUGUAUCAGAUAUGCUUGGAAACUGUUUUUGUUUACCACAUAAUUCUGCAGUAAGCUCAGCACAGUUUAUGUUGCAGUCAUAAAAUCAUAAUCACAAAUCUUGAGAAACUGUGAAUAAAUUUGUUAGCCAUAGAUAAUUGAAUUCUUUAUAUUUCAUUCAAUCACUGUAACAUUAUAAAUCACUAGCUGAAGAUGUAAAAAGAUCUUUGUACUUAAGUGAUGUAUAUGUUGUGAAUUUUAUCUGUUUUAUAUGUUGAAAUGAUGAGAGUGGAUGUGUAAUACAUCUUAAACAAAGUAAUUUUUGUAGAUUGACUGAAAUAUUUUCUUUUUACGUGUAAAGAAU